AUGCUCUCGGGGAAGACGGUCAAGCUCAUCCUGUAUGAGGUGCUGCAGUUUGCAGCUCUCAUUGUGCCCAUCUUUGUGGUCAUGGAGAGAUUUGCCAGUGUCAUUCGUGAUGUGAGAGGAUGGGAUGUAACUGCUUACUGGCUCGUGGUGGCAGCUUCUAUCGCCUAUGUGACCUCUGCGACCCUGCUGGUGUGGGUUCCUCUAAAGUAUGCGAUCCUAAAGCAGCGGAGGUUCAUCACAGAGAUCACACAGUGGAGACCAGUAGCGCUGGCAUAUCUCAUCCUGAGUACUUUGCCAUGUUUUGCCAUUCUAAUAGCCAGUUCCAAGGUGCAGUUGGACAGCGGAAAAUGGUUCGAUCAUUUCACAGAGUUGCCUGUUUCCUUGGUGCUUUUCUCCCUCAUCUGUGUGGAUAUCAUAGAGAGGAUACGUCCCUUCAAGCUCAUAGGCAAAUCUGUCAGCCUGGAUCCUGAUCUUGACAUGUCAAGCCCUGUAUUCACCCACCUGGAACAGGUGAGCACAAUAUCUGUCCAGGUGCAAGCUGAUGAAGGCCAGAACGGUUUGACCCAAGGCCAGCCAGAGCCCAGAAACGGCAGCAUCUCUGGCAGAUGGCAGGACCACGCUGACACCAGACGUUCGCCUCCCGGCACACGAACAUCCAGUGCUACCUACCUGUACUCCACAUCCUCACAACCCUGGACUUACUCGGGUCCCCUGAGCAUCCUGUGGAAGAAAGAUAGAAGGUCAGAGCUUUUUGUGGAGAGUUUCCUCUUCUGGUUAGACACUGUAGAGAUGGUGAGAGUUGCAGGAGAGCCAUUAGUCUUCUACUCAGCCUGGGUGUUCCCAGUCUACAUCUUCGCCUUCCUCUCUGCUCUCCGAAUGAUCGUAACUCCUCACAGCCCCUUGUUGUCUUUUACUGGAGUUGCUCUGCAGGAUCUUCCUUUCUUCAUAAUUCGGGUUGCUCUCAUCGCUGUGUUUGGUUAUGUCACACCUGUGUUGUAUCCACUGAAAAAUGUCCUGGUAACCCUGACUUAUAUCUACUUUACUUUAUUGUCAAAGCUGAGAAUUUUCAAAAGGCGCAGCAUGUUUUGAGGAGGAGGGAUGCAGUCUGUUGUUGAUGAAGGCGCUGUUUGGAGUGAGGAUGUUUGAUCAGUUGGUCUUCAUGAUCAGAGAAUGGCACUAAAGUAAAUUCAAGCAGCAUGUUGAGAAUUUUGCUGGAUUGUAAUGUGAUGAAAAGCAUUAAAAUCAAACAGUAGAAGUUAUUCAGGGUUUAAACUAAACAUCCCACGAAGGCCCAAUCUAAAUAUAUUUAUUAA